UGGACUUUUGGCCCCCCUCAAUUUAUUAAUAUCAACUAAUUUCUUACAUCUUUUUUUCAUAUCAGACUUGUUUAAGGUGAUUACUUUUUGCAUAAUGGUGUUGCUUGUUUUUUGUAGAGAAGACUCGGCUGGAGGUGGGGUGUUGGUUGACAUGAGGAUUUUACGAAGAGAAGAACUGCCAAUGGGGGUUUGACUGAGACCUAUUUGUAGGCCAUAGUUUAUUGCUGCUGCUUUCCUUCCCCUGGAACCGGAUUCUACUUCGACAUAGAGGCUAUACAUUUUGGACACGUAGGUGCAGGUGUUACAUUUAAGCCGUAACCUAGUGCCCAGGCCACGCCUCUCUUCAGAGUCCAAGUCCCAGGUUAGGUCACCAUCACAGCCUGGAUUGGCCCGCCCAUGUUCUUUGAACUCUGCGUUGAACAUGCCACAUGUCUUUUCCAGAUGCAGCAGUCUGUAGGAGUUAUUUUCACACCUGCCGAAAUCAGUUAUGUACCUGAUUACUUCCUAACCAGGGGUCUUGGCCGAAGCAGUCGGUGGCACCCAGGCCUGAGCAUCAUUUCCUGCUCCUCGCACAGAGAGGGUGGAUGCGUCACCAGUUGUAGGGUUUCCCAGUCAACUCUCGUGAAUGGUGCAGGAAAAACACCAGAAUUGCCUAGCUACAGGGCGCCGCCAUUGUGGACACCCAAAGUUGUGCGGAGAAGAAAAGUUGACAGGAGAUCUGAUUGGUCAUUAACAGAAAAUCUUUGUGAUGGAAUUUAAUAGUGAAAUAUAAGUGAUAAAAAUGACAGGUGACGUAACAGAAUAUGUAGAAAGAUACAGAAGUUAUAAGGGAAGAUCUGAGUGGAGAGGUGAUAUUUGGAUGGACAAUUUCAUUCAGUGCGGAUCUACACUAGUUGUAAACAGGCCAAAAUUUGAAGGAAAAACGCAACGGCAAGCCAUAUAUUUUUUGGUGGAAUUUUGAAGGGGAGAUGAUGAACUUUGCUGAAUGGUGACUGAUUUUUUGAAAAUUGGCUUAAUAAAUAAUUGACAGUGA